ACGGGGUCUUUCCCAAGGUGCCGGGUGACCCUGGGGUGAAUUUUCCUGAUUUAAUCCCGCUUGAAACCUCCCCGAUUCCCCGGGGGAAGGCGCUGGCGGGGCAGAUGCCGAAGGAAAAGGCGAUUCCGCUUCCCAGGAUAUUUAUAAGGCAUGGGAAACUCGUGGGGGGGUCCCAGGGGCCGCUUCGAGGGUCCUUUCUCAGCCUUUGCGGGACUGGGAACGUUCCGGGAGCUCGGUGCGGGACAAUCCCGAAGGAGCCGCCGCUCCCGGGGGAUGCGGGACCGGGGAACCGCGGCGGGAUUCCCACCGCACCCACCGGGGGAUCGGGGGGUCAAUCCCGGGGUUUUCCCAGGGAAAGGCAGGGCUGGGAAUGGGGGGAGCCAGCCGGUGUCCGUCUGUCCGUCCGUCCUCAGUCCCCACCUCCGCUCCUGCUCCCUCCACCCCCGGGAGGCUCCCGGGGCCCCACCGGGGGCGGAGGCAGGACCGGCCCGCCCCGGCGGACACCGCGGAGCGGAGGCGCUCCCGUUCCCGGUUCCUAUUCCCGGUUCCCGUUCCCGGUUUCCGUUCCCGAUUCCCGUUCCCGGUUCUCAUUCCCGAUUCCCUACUCGGAACCCCGCGGUUGCCCCGGUUCCCGUUCCCGGUUCCCAUUCCCGGUUCCGUUCCCGGUUCCGUUCCCGGUUCCGCUCCCGGUUCCCGUUCCCGGUUACAUUCCCGGUUCCCGGAACCCCGCGGUUGUCCCGGUUCCCGUUCCCGGUUCCCGGCUUGGAACCCAGCGGUUGCCCCAGUUGCCGGUACCGGUUCCCAUUCCCGGUUCCCGUUCCCGGUUCCGUUCCCGGUUCCGUUCCCGGUUCCGUUCCCGGUUCCCGUUCCCGGUUCCGUUCCCGGUUCCCAUUCCCGGUUCCGUUCCCGGUUCCGUUCCCGGUUCCCAUUCCCGGUUCCCGUUCCCGGUUCCGUUCCCGGUUCCCAUUCCCGGUUCCGUUGCCGGUUGCCGUUCCCGGUUGCCGGUCCCGGUCCCGCCAUGCCCUCCGCGUACCCGCAGCGAGCCCUGACGGUUCUGCUGCUCUUCGGGACCUUGUCCGCUGCCAUGGCCCUGCUCUCCUCCAGCCUCAUCUUCCAGCUCCCGUCGGGCCGGGCCGCCGCCGGUACCGGGGCGCUCCCGGAGCCGGUGGCCGCCGCUCUGCUGCCGGUAUCGGCCGUGCUGGCCGCGCUCUGCCUGGUGCUCAACGUGAGCUGCCUCCUGCUCUGCCUCCUGCACGGCUACUGCAGCACCGAGCUGUGCCGGGGACAGCCCGGGAGCGAGCGGGCAGACUGGUUCCUCCUGGACAGCCGGAGCGUCCGGCACGCGGCCAUCGGCCUCUUCUGCUGCGGGGUCUGCCUCUACCUCACAGCUCUGGCCCUUUUCAUGCUGCUGCUGUUCCAGCUGGAGGCCGCCAUCGCCAGCGCCUGCAUCCUGACCUCUGGAAUUCUCGUCUUGCUCAUCUCCGUGCUCCACGCGCUGCUCCGCGCUUCCCACAUUUCCCAAAUUUCCCAAAUUUCCCAGCGGAGCCGCUCGGAGCUUUCCCAAUCCUUGUACGAGAACGAUUCCGCCCGGCCCGGGGAGGAUGGGAACGCGGCUCCUGUGGAAAUCCGCCGGGAAUUCUCCUUCCCGCUUUUCCAGCGGCGCAAAUCCCAGCAGGGGAGCAAGGAAUUCCAGAGGGAAUCCCGGGAAUUCCAUGGGGAAUCCCAGCAGGAAUUCCAGAGGGAAUCCCAGAAGGAAUCCCGGGAAUUCCAUGGGGAAUCCCAGAAGGAAUCCCGGGAAUUCCAUGGAGAAUCCCCGCGGGAAUUGUCGCGCACUCACAGGACGCUCUCGGCGGAUUCGGGAUUGCUCCGGGAGCAGGGAAAACCUUGGAAUGUCAUCACGAGGGAGAUGAGGAACGCCACGGCUCGCAAAUCCACCAAGGAUUCCACCCUGGUGUGAAGGAAAAUCGGGAUUUUCCCAGGAGCUUCCCGGGAUUGGCGGUUCUGGAGCGGGAGUUGGUUUUUUCCCAUGUUUUUGGUGGUUUUUCCAUGGAAAAAUCAGGAUUUUUGGCUUUUAUCCACAGCCAAAAUCCCUCUGCUGCCCGCCUGGAGCCCCCCAGAUCCAUCCCAGCCCAUCCCAGGAAAGGAUCUGGAAAAUGGGGAUGAGGAGCAGGAAAUUGGAAUUUUCAGGAGAAUUCCGUCCUUUUCCGGCAGAUUUCGGCUGAUUUUCCCGCCCUUCUCCUUCCUCCCUGCUCCAUCCUCAUCCUCAGCACGACCCUGGGAUCGAGGGGGGGUUUGGGGUGGGGAAAAGCAGGAUUGGGGUGGGAAAAAUCAGAUUUAGGAUGGGAAAAAUCAGAUUUGGGGUGGGAAAAACAGAUUUGGGAUGGGAAAAAGCAGAUUUGGGAUGGGAAAAAGCAGAUUUGGGGUGGCCAAGAACAGAUUUGGGGUGGGAAAAACAUUUGGGAUGGGAAAAAUCAGGUUUGGGUUGUCAGGAAGGGGAUUUGAGGUGGGAAAAAACAAUUUGGGGUGGGAAAAAGCAGAUUUGGGGUGGGGAAAAUUGGACUUGGGGAGGCCAAGAACAGAUUUGGGGUGGGAAAAAUCAGGACUGAGAUGGGAAAAAUCAGAUUUGGGGCGGGAAAAAUCAGAUUUGGGGUAGAAAAAAUCAGAUGUGGGGUGGCCAAGAACAGAUUUGGGGUGGGAAAAAGCAGAUUUGGGAUGAGAAAAAUCAGAUUUGGGGUAGAAAAAAUCAGAUUUGGGGUGGCCAAGAACAGAUUUGGGGUGGGAAAAACAUUUGGGAUGGGAAAAAUCAGGACUGGGAUGGGAAAAAUCAGAUUUGAGGUGGGAAAAAUCAGAUUUGGGAUGGGAAAAAUCAGAUUUGGGAUGGGAAAAAUCAGAUUUGGGAUGGGAAAAAUCAGAUUUUGGGUGGGAAAAAUCAGAUUUGGGAUGGGAAAAAUCAGAUUUGAGGUGUCAGGAAGGGGAUUUGGGGUGGCAGAGAAGGAGUUUGGGGUGUCACUGUUAUCAUCCCAAAAUCCAGUUGUUAUCCCAAGACCAAUUCCCCUGGAAUUCCGAGUCCUGCAUCCCUGGAAAACCCCAGAUCCAGGAGGGAUCCACACACCAAAGCUCUGCCUCUUUCCAGUCACCUCCAAAACCAAGAGAUAAAUGAAAUAAAAAUAAAUCCUGUUUUUUUUGUAGGAUUUUAAGGAAUGCCACAAUUCCUUUUCUCCUUUGAAAACCCAAAAUUCCACAUUUUUUUUUGCUCCAUGACCUUGGGAAAAAAAACAAAAAGCAGCUCCGAGCUCCCACGGCGACAGAAAAGUUUCAAACAUUUCAAAGGAAUUUUUUUUUCUUGUUGUUGUUGAAGUUUUUUUUUUUUGGGGGGGGAUUUUUUUUCCUCCUUUUUAUUCUCAUCCUCAUUAAAACCAAAUCCAGAAAUUCCUUGGCACCCUCUGGAAAAGCUUCCCCUUGGAGAAUUCCUCCUCAACAAAAGCUUGGAGUGUGCUCACAUUCCAGCUUUUUUUAUGGAAAAUUCCCAAAGCAAGAGUUUGGGGGUUUGUUUUUUGAGGAUAAACAUGAAACCAUCCAGGUUUUUUUUUUGGUUUUCCCAUGGAAAAGAGGUCCCAAAAAGCAGGAUUUGGGAUUUUCCAGCUUUUUUUUUUUUUUUUCCUGGGAAUUCAAGGGCUUCUCUCUACCUGUGGUUUUUCCGCUUCUUCCCAAGGCUGGGAAAUUGAGGAUGGAAAAAAAUCAGGAAGUGCUUGGAGGAUUUUUGGAUUGGGGGGUGAUGGUG